AAUCCGUGAGAUUGAUAAAAUCGAUAAAUUUCAAUUAUUUCUCACUUUUAUACUCGUCAAUACCACAUUUAUUACUCGCCGCUUAUUCACAUUACUCCAAUGAACUGCAGACAAUCAAAGAAAAAUUCUCACAUCUGGGACAACGUCUGUACCGCCGGCACUCGUCGUAAUCCGUAUUACGUCUGCUACGGCACCACCGGCUCCACCACCUCAUCACUGUCAAUUUUGGAAUUUUCACGUGAACAAAUCACCGUAGUGUCGCCACGUGUCAAAUGUCCCCUCAAGCAAAAAAUUGUGGAAAAACCGAAGAAAAGGAAUGUAUAUGUCACGAACUGGGAUCGUGCAGCGGCGGAGCAACCAAAGGCACUUGCCACGUGGAUUUAUCAGCCAUUUGAUAAGAGAAAGUACAACAACCGCACGGCAUCCGACGCCUUCGACGCCUACCAACACCGCCUGAAACUGAAAAAACUGCCCGAGACAAAGCAAAAAGUCACAAAAACCACCAAAAGACAUGUGACUAUCAAUGAAGCGGCGACUCAAGUCAUUCAGGAUGUGUGCCACCUCCAACCGAAAUCCUACCAAAAAAUUCGCAUAUCAAAUUGUCGAAAUGAUGAGGUGAAAAUCGAUAGUUUCUCUGCUAACCGAGUUCCAAAAGACGAUGAUAUUGACGACCUGAACGUGAAUGUUCCAGUUGAAGAUGAUGAUGACGUGGAACUCGAUGACGUCAUCCUUGCUCAAAAUCCGGCGUUUUACGGCACAAUUGAAGCGGAAAAGUGUGCAGAACGAGUUGCCGCACAUCUAUCGAUGGCCUGUGAAAACAUGGAACGUUUGCAAUUUGUGACGGAAGCCGUGUAUCCACAGAGCGCCGCUCAUUUGAAGAAGCUUCAAGAAAUCGAUGAUGACGUCAAGGAUUUCAAUUGUCAGAUGAGACAGCGUCGUGUCAAAGCUUCGAAUCCAGGAGGAACAGUCACAAAAGUUGCACACUUCAUUAUCCACGGCAAUUGAUUUUCCUCGAUUUUUGCGAAUAAAGAAUUUAUUGAUUGGAUUUCC